AUGAAUAUUUACAAACAUGAUAUACAAUUUCCCGAAAUAAAGAUUAUAAAUCGUGCUUAUGGCAUUGGCAUGAACAUAAACAGCAUCAUUGGGUCAGGAAUCGUUACUGCACCAGGAAUUAUUUGGAACUCAGUAAAGUCUCCAGGAAUAGUAUUAUUAUUAUGGUUUAUAGGUGGACUCGUAAGUAUGGCGGGGUCCUUAUCUUAUGUUGAACUUGGUGUCAAACAUAAGAUUAGUGGAGGAGAAACAAAAUAUUUACAGACCGCUUAUCCAAAACCGAAAUACUUUAUAAGUUAUCUAUUCAGCUUUAUGUACAUUUUUGCGAUUAAGCCAGGAAUUACAAGUGCAGUUUUACAAUCUGCUGCGCAAUAUUUUUGGUAUACUGUUAAUGGACAUCAAUUUGACAUUGAACAGGAUAAAAAUGGAUGGAAUCUUCCAUUUUCUCCGUUCUGGGUUAUAAAAUUCAUCGCGAUUGCAAUGUUGUUUGUUAUAACAGCAUAUCAUAUGAUUGAUAAUAGAAUGGCAAAUCUUAUAAACCAGUCACUGGCGGUUAUAAAAUUAGUCACAUAUUCAACUAUUGCCAUAGUUGGAAUUUUUAGAUUAUUUUUGGAUUGGGAAACAAGUCGACUUCACUGGCAAAAGCCAUUAGAUGGAAAUACAGACUUUACAGCUUAUACUUCUUCAAUUUUACUGAUCAUGUUCAGCUAUGAAGGAUGGAAUAAUUUGAAUUACUCACUGAAUGAAUUUAAAAAUGUUGAAAAGGGGCUUCUUUUCAGCAAUAGUAUCAGCGUUGUCAUUGUUACAUUAUUGUAUCUUCUUGUAAAUAUUGCAUUUAUUUCCGUUGUACCUAAAGAAGAUAUACUUAAUAAUGGAAAAGCGGAUCAAAUUAUAGCCGCAACCUUUUUUAAUAAAUUAUUUGGUGGAAAUGAAAUAAUAGUUAGAAUUUUCACAUUUCUAAUUGUGCUUUCUGUAAUUGGCACUGCUGCAUCAGAUGUUUGGAGAGAAUGGCAUCAAGAUCGCUACACACCGGUUAAUGCUUUAUUAGCACAAUUCAUUUGGUGCUCAUUAAUUAUAUUGUUUGUUGGCAGUAGUUUUACUAUUACCAAUUUUGAAUUAUUUUCAUCGUUUGCGAUGUAUAGUAAAUGGAUUUUUUACGUUGCUACUGGUAUAGGGUUAUAUGUAAUUCGACGCAGAGAACGAAAAUUAAGAAAUGGUCAAGAAAAUAAUUCAAUUUAUAGCGACGGAAGGGACAAUUUACAUGAUCAAGUAAAUAAUUGCGACGGAAAUAAAAAUGGAUUAUAUAAAGUUCCAUUACCUAUUGCUGGAAUUUUUAUAUUAGCAGGUUUAUAUAUACUUAUAUUUUCCUUUGUUAUUAACGUUCAAUGUCCAAAUAUUUUACCGCCUGCUUCAGACGAAUGUAGUAAAUAUUUAAAAGAACAAAGAGUUCAACAUAUGGCACCAUUACUUAUUAGUUACGGAUCUCUUUUUAUUGCUUUAAUAUCUUGGUAUUAUUGGUGGAGAAGAACCUAG